UUCGUCGGAGACCGGGGCCGAGUGGUAUGCGACUCUCGCUCACUUCUUCGUUUUUUUGACUUACCCAGUAGUUUCCCGAAGUGGGGCUGCAGGGAAAGGAACAAAAGAAAAUUAGUAGCGAGGACGAUCACUCAGAUCCUCCCUCUCCUCCUCUUUCCUCCUCCUCCUGCUGCAGAAACCCUAACCCUAGAACGAGAGGCGAGAGCUCUACCCCAUCCCUCAUCCCCCAAAACCCUAGCACUAGAUGGGAGAUUGUAGUGCGAGAUCAUAAGAAAUGGCCGCCGCGUCUCGCGUUCACCUCCUGGCUUUUAUACUCUUCUGUGCGGCUCGUCUACUAGCUCGCGCGAGCUCGGGAGGUGAGGAGACCCCGUUCUCGUUCUCGUUCGAAGCUUUUGAGAAGAACCGGGGCUUUGGAUCGAAGAUCGCGCUCUACGGGGACGCCGAGAUCGUCAACUCGACGGCUAGGAUCACCUCCGCGGCGAACUCGAGUUCGGGGAGGGUCGUGUACGAGAAGCCCGUCACAUUUGUCGGUAGGAGCCCCGGGUUCUCCACCUACUUCGUCUUCUCCGCCUCUUCGAGCAAUGGCGGGGGCCUCGCCUUCUUCCUCACUCCGAGCAGUGCUCAAAUGGGCUCGGAUGGUGGGCUUCUUCGGAAUGGGCUCCCGCCUAGUGUUGUUGCUGUGAGUUUUGUCGCCUCGCACGAUCCAAAGAUCGGAAAUUUGGGCGAAAACUACGUCGAAAUCGAUGUUGGGGGUGAGAUAUCGAUCAAAAGCAGCGACCUUUCGAGCUCCAAUUUGAGCCUCAGCGGCCGGGAGAAGCUGCAUUCGUGGAUCGAUUAUAACGGGACUUCGAAUCGAUUGGAGGUGCGGCUUAGCAUAUCUAGGGUUUCGAGGUCGAAGAAGCCCUCAAUUUCCUACCCUAUCGAUCUCUCCAGUAUGCUGCGGAGGGAGAAGAUGCUUGUGGGCUUGAGCUCUCUAAGUGGAAGUGGAAACUCCACUCAGAACACUACUCUGUAUUCAUGGGCCUUCUCCGUGUACCAUGGAGCUACCUAUUUGAUGCAUUCAGAGCCGUUGGAUCCGGAUACGUUCUUGGUUCGGCCCCGCGAGAGCCCUCCUGCAGCUCACAUUCGAAGGAACUACCCAUGGGGAAUCCUAAUAGCCUUAGUGUUCGCCGCCGCGUGCGGAGCCAUGGUGACCUUCUUCACGCUCUUCGUGUGGUUUGCGGUGGUCGCCCACCGUCCGAUCGCGCCUGUGGAGUACCCUGUCCAUCCGUCGGAGGUCGUGUAUGAGAAGAUUGUGUUGGUUAAGGUUAAGGAUGCAACGAAUGCUAGCAAGUAGGGGAUCAUGGAUCAGGGGGUGAGGGUUUGUUUCCUCAGUGUUGUACAUUUUGUGGUUUGUUGGGUUCUUCUCUUUUUUUGGCUACUUUCAUGUUGUAAGUUAUGUAGAAGUUGUUGGUGGAAACUGUAGAAUUUGUGGCUAACUUCUACAAAUCCUCCCGUUUCCAUCAAGAAGAUAUCAAGUUGUAUGUGAUGUUGCCCUGUUUUACUGAGUGAAGCAGGGGUGAGUGUUAUAUGGUAGCUUUACCUUUCAAUCUGUAAUGGAAACAAUUAGUUUUGCAAAAUUUGCAUAUGGUUGCUUUACUUUUGGAA